AUGAUCUCCUGGCUCCUUGCGUUCGCCACUGCUCUUGCGGCAGCCAGUGCCCAAAGGCCACUUCAUCAACCACAGCACGCACAUCAUGGUGGUUCUCGUGGCUCAGCCUCAGCAGGGUGUGGCAUUAACCACUCUUCAGGCUACAACUACCAAACCUCCCCAGGCCACAACUUCAGCAUAGUCUCGGACAAUAUCAGUCGCUACUACAGCGUCCAGGUCCCAGAUGGCUACGUAGCCUCAAAGGCGUACCCUUUGAUCUUCGACUAUCAUGGCAACACCGAUACUGCGUCUGACCAGCACAACAAUUCCGCUUACUUCAAUUACACGCAAGACUACCUGGUCGUGUACCCACAAGGCUUGAACAGACACUGGGAAGGUCCAUCAUAUGCUGUCAAAGGCAUCAACGAUACCCUCUUCACCACUGAUCUUCUUGACCAUAUCAAGACUGAUUACUGUAUUGACCCCUCCCGCGUAUACGCCAGCGGAAAGAGUAACGGUGGUGGGUUCGUCGACCUCCUCGCAUGUAGCGAUGCUGGAGACGAGUUUGCAGCAUUUGCCAUGGCGAGCGCGGCACUCUACAACGACACCAGUCUAGACAUCUGUACCAAGCGUCGAGCGAUCAUGGAGUCGCACGGCAACAUCGACACCGUAAUCUCGCCUUACGGUGGCCCAGGAAGUGGCGGUGAUCUACCGGAUAUCCUCGAGUGGGUCUCGUGGUGGGGCCAGCGUGAUUGCGGCGCCGAUGCUACGCCGGUUUACGACACAACGCCUGCUGGGUACAAUAUCACUACCUACUCCUGCGGCGACUGGGAUGAUGUAGUGGUGCAUUAUCAGCUUUACAAUCUUGGACAUUGCUGGCCAAGUAGCACAGGGACGAACUUCGAUGCGCUGCACAUCAGUGAGACGCAGAAUUGUACUGGUGACAGGGAUUUGGCUUAUACACCAGUAGUACUGGACUUCUUUAGCAAGUGGACGUUGGAGAGUGCGCCCCACAAUAAGGAGAGUUGGUGA